AUGAAUAUAGCUCUCAAGGUCAACAAAGUGUGGGAUGAUGUAGACCCCGGAAGCAAAGCUGAAGAAAAGAAUGACCUAGCCAUCGCCUUGAUAUUUCAGUAUGUGCCCGAGGCCUUGAUACUGCAAGUUGGUGACCUAGAUACAACUAAAGCAAUUUGGGAAGCAAUUAAAGCCCGACAUGUUGGAGCUGAAAGAGUUCGAGAAGCAAGACUAAAAAUUCUAAUGGCGGAGUUUGAUAGACUUAAGAUGAAAGAUGAAGAUACAAUUGAUGUAUUUGUCGGCAAACUAUCAGAGAUCUCAUCAAAAUCGGCAUCGCUAGGGGAGAUCAUUGAAGAGUCGAAGAUUGUGAAGAAGUUUCUUAAGAGCUUGCCGAGAAGAAAAUAUAUUCAUAUUGUUGCAUCUCUGGAACAAGUCCUUGACCUAAAUACGACAAGCUUUGAAGAAAUCGUUGGGAGACUAAAAUCUUACGAAGAAAGAAUAGGAGAAGAUGAGGAGGAACUCCAAGACGAUAAAAGUAAACUGUUGUUCUCCAAUACAGAGUCACAACAGGAUCAUUAUGGUGGCAAUAGAGGUCGAGGGCGCGGAGGAAGAAACAAUUCAUGGAGGGACGUUGCCGUGGCAGAGUUACUUAAACUUCAAGAAACUACCGAGAAGAAAGAUGAAGAUACUCAAGAAGCCGAUGAGUUAAUGAUGCACGAAGUAUUCUAUCUCAAUGAGAAGAAGGUAAAUCCAACUAUGUUUGACUCAGAUCACGACACACAAAACUUGUGGUACCUUGAUAAUGGGGCAAGCAAUCACAUGAGUGGCAACCGCACAUUCUUCUAUGAGCUCGAUGAAAACAUCACGUGUAAAGUGCGCUUUGGAGAUGACUCGCACAUCGAUAUAAAAGGAAAGAGAUCAAUACGUUUUCUCUUCCCUGGAGGAUCGAAGAAAGUAUUAAGGGAUGUGUACUAUAUACCGGCGUUAAGAAGCAAUAUCGUGAGCUUAGGUCAAGCGACGGAAGCAGGCUGCGAAGUACGUAUGAAAGACGAUGCGUUGAUGCCGUUCGAUCGAGAAGGUCGACUGAUGGUGGAGAGCACAAGAUCAAGAAACAGAUUAUACAAAGUCAUGCUAGAAGCCGAUAGAAGGAAGAAACUCGACGAUCGAUCGAGAACCUUGGUACAUCUUGGGACAGAACCCGGUUCAAAGGCGUACCGUCUUGUAGACUCAAUAAGCAAGAAGAUCAUAGUGAACCGUGAUGUUGUGUUCGACAAAACAAAGAGCUGGAAUUGGGACAAGGAGAUACCGCGACAGAAGAUGAACUCGGACACUUUUACUAUAAGAGUGAAAGGACUCGAUGAUAAUGAAGCGAUAGAAACUCAAGUAGCUAAUGAGAAUGAAGGUACUGUCCAAACUGAUGAAGUAGAAGAAGAGAGCGAUAGUGAGACAGAAGAGAACCUAAUUCUGAUACCAGAUAUAGAAUCACACAAUCAAAGUUUAAAUAAGAAGUCCUUCUCUUAUUCAAUCACUCAAACUCAUAAGUCACAAAUAUCAAAUCACAAAUCAUAA